AUGAAGUCUAAGGCAAAGCAUCAAGUGUGUGUCUUCUUACCCAAUAAGCAGCGUCUGGACUGUAGCUCUGGGUUGAAAAGUCGAGGCCAGGAUCUGUUGUCUGAAGUGCUGGAGCAGCUGGAAAUCAGUGGACUGCAGAUCUUUGGCUUGGCUAUUCUCAGAGAUAAUGAAUACCUCUUCAUUGAUUUGGAGCAAAAGUUAUCAAAGUAUUUAGGGCAAAGGUGGACAAAAGCGCCUAAAAUGGGCCCUUCCAUCUUGUUUCUGCGGGUUCAGUACUAUUUAGACAGUGGACGACUGAUACAAAGCGGGAGGGAGCUGCGGCUUUACUACACUGCUCUGCGACAGAAGGUGCUGCGUUCACAGAGCCGCCAGCAGGAGGACCUCUUCUUCCAGCUGGCAUCUCAUGCGCUCCAGGCUGAAGUCGGAGAUUUCGAGAUCCAAGGAAAACACAAACAUUACUUUCUUCCUGAAGAUUAUUUCCCCUCUUGGCUUAUAAAAAAAAGAGGAAGAAACUACCUGCUGCAGCACAGUCCAAAGUUGCACGAAGAACUGAGAGGAUUGCCAAAAAGAGAGGCUCUUCUGGAGUUUGUGAAGCUGGCCAACACAGUAGAGGACGUGCCAGUGACUCUAUACAAGAUGAGACAGAACAAGAAAGAACAGAAAUUUUCCAUCAUUUUUGGUGUAUGGUCAAAUGGAGUCUGCCUUUAUCAGAACGUGGAGGGGAAACAGUGUUUGUUGCAUGAGUUUACUUGGACAGAUUUGGAGCAUGUCUCUUUCCAAGGCUGCCGGUUUGAGAUCCAUGCAGUGGGCUCCCUGUGCCUGCCUAAGUUGGUGUUUCACAGUCAGUCUGCCCUCCACAGCGCACUCGUCCUAAAGCACCUCAGAAACAGUCACCGCUUCACCAUCUCAGUCAGAGACGCACUGAGCCACGUCCGACAGAUGGAGCAGAUCCAAGCCUGUUGUUUGUACAGGGAGGCUUACAUCUGUGACACAGCUCUUCUGAUGCAGAAACUUCACUGUUCAAUGCCCUCCUCCACCGACGGCUCCAUUGAACUGGAAACAGUCACAGAAGAGGAAGAGGAGCAGAACUGUGAAGAGGACUUGAGUGUGCAGGAGUCAGAGGAGGUUUUUGUUGAUAGUCCAGAUGACGUGUUGUGGCUGGCCGAGCUGCUUUCUGAAGUCUCUGUGGAUGGACCUUUAGUGUUACCCACAUCGGCUUGGACUGCCGUCACUAUGGAAAUGAAGCAGGUUUUGAAAAAAAAAUCUGACAUUGGAAUUUCUGUGGACUAAGACGGGGAAGG